AUGGAUCCCUUCUCGUUAACGGCAGGCGCCCUCCAGAUAGCCGGUGCUUGCGCGCAAUGUACGGUUACCAUCAUCAAGAUUUGCGGCGACAUCAAGUCUGUUGAUGCUCGGAUCAGCUCCUUCUGCGAUGAAGUCGGCGCUCUUCGGGCGACCUACGAAGGCCUCGAGAAGAGCUUGUCGUCUCCUCUCCUGUUGGAGGCUGCACGAGUGGCCAGCCAAACGUCCGACGGGUCUCAUCUGUGGAAACAGAUCAAGGAUGCGCUCGAUGACUCCAAGAAGACGAUGAGAAGGGUCAACGAUAUACUCCUCCAGAUCACAAAGGCAUCGGGAUUCGCCCGCAAAGUCAAAGCUCACCUGACCGAGAGUCUGCAUUCUGGCGAGCUCUCGCGACUACGACAGCGCAUCCAAUUCUUCAAUGCCGCUCUAUCAUUGCCCAUCCAGAUGGUCUGCGUGAUGCUCCAACUGGAGCAAAGAGGGAUGACAGUAGACCACCACAACGCUCUGGAUCUCAAACUGGUAUCGCUAGAACAGAACAUUAGAGACCUUGUCCAAAGGCUCAGCUUCCCUUCUCGCUCACAAACCCUCGGUGGUACCACUAUCGCUGCCGCGGACAGCAUGAAGCUCAACGAGGAUGACGGAAUGAAGACGUAUAUUGCUUUCGCCAAGAAGUUCUUGACUACCGCAUCCGCUGCCGCCAGCACGAGAUCCUCGUUGAGCACCAUGUCUCCGGCCAUUGAGCCCGACGUUCUCGACGGACGUAAGCACUCAGCGCACGGUUUGCCCCCACCAGGCGACCAUAGAAGCCAUGUGGAGGGCUGGAUCCAGCCUGCUUCUGCGGGCACGAUCCCUCAAAGUCCGCAGACCGGCGGAAACGGUCGGCGGAGCCUUGGCUCCUCUACAGGCGAUAUGGAAGACGACAAUGAAGUGGAAUUCAUGAGGACCAAACAACACCUCAGAUUAGGACAGGAGAGCUUCGAACAAAGCGAGCAUGCCAAAGCAGAAAGACACUUUCGGCGAGCUUUGGCUCUUAUGCAGGACCACGACUUCGACGGGAGAAUAUCGUUUCAGCCAGCAGAGGUAGUCCUCAUGCUGGCCGAGUGCUGCCUGAAACAAGAUAAACUUGACGAGGCGGUGGCCCUGCUGGAGCCUGUCGCUGCCAUGCGCCCAGACAUCUUUCCGAGCACCUCGCCAGACGACACACAUUCUGACAGAAGACACUCCUCACCCAGUCGAGGGCCUGAUAAGCUCCAAGCUCUUGCGGCGAGCCACAUGUUGGGCCGGGUUUUCGUUCUGAAAGGGGAUUUUGACAAUGCAGAAAAACAAGGGUUAAGGGCGUUUACCGAGCGGAGGAAAGAUCUGGGUCCGCAGGACGACAAGACGCUGGAGUCAGUCCGCCUGGUCAUUGAGAUAUACAAAACGCGUGGGCAGGAGGGAGACGAGGAAGAGGCUGAAGGCUACGAAGUCUUUUUGUCGACGCCGGAGAAGCAGACUCCGGCGGCGUCGACAGACAAGCUACUGACGACGGAAAAGGAAAUACCACGCUCAAUACCAAAACUCAUUGCUCCAGAAUCCGCUCAACACGAAUACCUACCAAACGUGCCGCGGUCGAACUUUGUGCGCCGCAUCAAGCAUCUCGGCCGCUCGUCUCAAUCCGGGCCGGCACAGUCGCCUCCCUCACCCAACUUGCAGAGACUGUCCAUCUCAAGGUCGCCGACAUUGAACGACCCCCAGGAGCCAGAUGUCCCUGCCCUGUUCGGUGCUCGAGGUAUCAGCUCGCCCUCCGAAGCAUCAACGCACGACCGAGCCUUUUCCAUGAGCGGCGACGAUGACUCGAUCGCAACGCCCUCUACGGGACGACUGUCUCGCUCGUCAUCGAGCAGGACCCUCGAACCGACCUUCCAAGCUAUAGCCGACCUCUGCAGUGAAAAGAAAUUCGAUCGAGCUGUCAAGGUGGCGAUCCAGUUCCUUGAAACAUACCCGUCGAGCUACAUGGUCAUCCGGAAGUCGGAGCUCAAGGAGAACAUCAAGCAUGGACACGGACAGGGACUGGCCAGGACGGGGCGAGGAUAUUCACCUCUCCAUUUCUUCUGCGAGCUCAGGGAGGAGCACGCCGAGGAAGUCAACCUCCUGAUCAGGCAGGGCGUGGACGUCAACGCGAUCGCCUUCCAAGCCGGGUAUACCCAGUCAAACCCCAAGGAUCCAUUUACCGCCCUGCAGCAGGCGACCGAGCGCGGGUUUUCCACCAUCACCAGUCUUCUAUUGGGAGUCGAGGGCAUCAAGACCGACACCCGUGACCCCGAGGGAUACACGCCGAUCAUGGUCGCGUGCAGAAAAGGCCACCACAGCAUCGUCAAGCAGCUGUUGGACUUUGCGCUGCCCAGGGAGUUUCCUCAAACCUGGCACGGCAAUACGCUCCUUCAUGAUGCUUCCCGCCGGUGUGACCCCAUCUUGGUGGAGAUGCUACUGGAACAUUACGUGGACAUCGACGCGCGUGAUCGAUUCGGCAAGACAGCGUUGAUGCAUGCUGUGGUCAAGUCCGACAUAGCUGAUCCUGUGGAGAAGAGGAGACGGAUCCAAGGCCGGUGCAAGACGGUGCAAAUCUUGCUUGAAGCCGGCGCCGAUCCGACGCUCAAAGACCACAGGGCCAAUAGGACUGUGCGAGAUUAUGCCGCUGAGGAGGACGACGCUGAGUUGCUGAUGCUGUUGGAUCAGGCUCCCAGGAGGGGGAUCAGCGAGUUGGUGGCUUGA